CCCAAAAGAAAAGUAAAGAAUCCCAAAAUAUUUCCUCAUGUUGGGGCAUCUAAAUGUUAAAAUUUAUUUUUUAAAUUAAUUAUGAUGCUUUCCCUUUAUGUUCGUGAUGUUCACAUUAGGCAUUUAAAGAAACAAAGCCAAGUCAUGUUUCCUUACUCGAGGCCACUUUUGUAACUCCAUUUGGAAGGUAAAUAUGCUUUUCGUCAAACUCAGCUUUAUAAAAACUUCUCAUUUGAUGACUAAAAUAACUAAAAUGCCAAACCUUUUAAUCAUUCACACACUAUAAUCUAUUUCAUUCAACUUUAGAAAUUUUAAGAUUCGUUUACUAAACCUCAUAUUCUUGAACGCAAUUUUACUGUAUUUAUUAAGUAAGACAUAUUAAAUAUUACAUAUUUUCAAACGGCAUAAAUAUGUGAAUACCCAAAAGUCUUAACACCAAAUAUAGACCGACUAAAUAAAUCAUAGAGGAAGAAAGUUUUUUCUUCCGUAUUUCUUGCCUCUUCUCUUUGUUUUCUUCUUUCUUUUUUCCAUUUCUAUUGUUCUGAGAUUCCGCUCUUUGUUCGUCAUCAUGUCUAAUGAAACCAAAGAUCUUAACAACUAUCACUUCACUUCAUCGUAUGAUCAUUACAACAACAUCAGCAGCCAAAGUAUUAUGAAUCUCGUUUACCUUUCUGGUCCAUCCAGUUAUACUGCAAACAUGAUCUCAUCGCAAAUCGGUUCUGAUCUACAGUCGAGUCCCCGAGGAGCCUGCGGACUUGGGUUCGAGCUCUCGCCAUCUUCCACCGGGUUUUUUAAUACUUCGAUCGACCAAGAAAAUGAUUUUUAUAACGCCUAUAAUUAUAAUACUAGUCACAAGAGUCAUGAAGUUGUCGGUGGUGGUGGUGCAAUCGUUGAGAGUGAAACUAAGGUUUCUGCAUCUCCUUCUUCGAGUGAACAUCAUCACGGGGAAGAUUCCGGGAAGAGCCUGAUGAAAAGAGAAGCUGACGAUGGAGGAAAAGAUAUUGAUCAACGUUCUCAGAAAGUAGUUAAAACCAAGAAGAAAGAGGAGAAGAAGCAAAGAGAGCCACGAGUCUCGUUUAUGACCAAGACAGACGUUGAUCAUCUCGAAGACGGCUAUCGUUGGAGGAAGUACGGCCAAAAGGCAGUGAAAAACAGUCCUUAUCCGAGGAGUUACUAUAGAUGCACGACGCAGAAGUGCAACGUGAAGAAGAGAGUUGAGAGAUCUUAUCAAGAUCCAACAGUCGUGAUCACAACUUACGAGAGUCAACACAACCACCCGAUCCCGACCAGUCGCCGUACGGCAAUGUUCUCCGGACCCGCCGCAUGUAGUUAUAACUCCUCCUCUCUAUCUCCAGUUUCCGAUUUCAUCAUCAAUACUCCAAGAACCUUCUCCCAUGAUGAUCUCUUCCGUGCGCCAUACGCUAGUAUGAAUGUAAACGCUAAUUAUCAGCAACAACAAAGCCAAGAGUUUCACCAUGAGAGUGACUAUGAGCUUCUUAAAGAGAUGUUUCCUUCGGUUUUCCUCAAGCAAGAACCUUGAUGAUAUAGUUAUACUAUUAUAUAGAAACAACAUUGGAUGCAUAAUGAGGGAUGCUGUUAUUUAAUUUUGCAUGUAGAUAUAUAUAUAUACCCUUGAGAGUAUAGGAUAUAUCCGAUAUAAUUUAGAAAUGUUAUACCAAAAGAUCCUUGAUGGGUCUCUUUCUCUCA